AUGUUUGCCUCAGUUUUUAUUCGCUACAUAUUUCAAACAAAUAUUCGUCUAAUUGUAUUUCGACGAUGGUUAUUUCUACAAGGAGUUAUGUUUGGUUUGAGAUCUAUUUCUAUUUACAUCACAUCACUCACUGUUCCUCAACCUGGCUGCAACAUUACAACGACAGAAGGUGAUGCUGGAAUGCAAGCUAUCUAUGUUAUGUUAACAAUUAAAUCAACGUGUGGCGAUGUUAUGUUCAGUGGACACACGAUGACAAUCACUCUGUGUGCAUUAUUUUGGACAAAUUAUAGUAAAGGUGAAGAAUAUAUUCCAUUUAUUUGGAUAUAUCGAAAAAUACGUCGUCGCAGUACCGCUGACAUUCAUUUACCAAAUAAUACUGAUGAAGAACAAAUUUCGUUUACAAAAUGGCAACGCUUUUGGCGCAGUUUUUUCUAUCCAAAACUAGAUGCUACAGGUGAUCCAAUGACACUCUAUCUCACAUCUUAUAUCAUUUGGCUUUAUGCUAUUACCGGCUACAUUAUCAUUAUUGCCACACGUUUCCACUACAGUGUAGAUGUUUUUAUCGGUUUUAUUAUUACUAUUCUUCUAUUUAAAACGUAUCAUUUCUACAUCAAAACUUUGUUGGAACGACGGCGAAUUAUAAUUUCACGAUUUUUCAUCUGGUUUGAAAGUAUUAUUCGCGAUCAAAAUAUUGUUGCACCAGAUGCCAGUGAUCAACAACAACUGGCCGGAGUGCCAGUCAGUAUUUUGACAGGGAAUGAUAAUCGACAAAAUUCUCAUAACGCUAAUUCAGCGUUUGUACUAUCCCCCGGAGAUGGACAACCUGUCUGA